CUUAUAUAUAAAUUCUUCCCAAAAAGGAUUGGCGCAACAUCAUUCCCAAUUCUAAUUCAGCUCUCUACCUCGCUCUUUGGAUUCACACAAUGAUGACCGAAGUUUCCACCUCGAACCCACCUCAGCCGGUGCCGGUGCCGCCAGUGAUCAGCCCACAGUUCAUCGUUCCCUACCCGAUGGAUUUGGCGGUGUUGAGGAAGGUGAUGACUCUCCAGGAAGGCAAGUUCGAAAUCCUCGACCUCAACGGCACCGUCAUGUUCAAGAUCAAAAGCAAACACCUCAGCCUCCACGAUCGCCGCGUCUUGGUCGACACCCUCGACAACCCCAUCGUCACUUUCCAACAAAAGAUAUUGACCGCUCACAGAAGAUGGGAAGCGUUCAGGGGAGAGAGCACAGAUCCGAAAGAUCUGCUGUUCAGCGUGAAGAAAUCAUCGCUGUUUCAACUGAAGACGAAGCUGGAUGUGUUCCUGGCGGGCAACACGAAAGAAGAGGUGUGUGAUUUCCACAUAAUGGGGAGCUGGAGGGAACGAUCGUGUGUGAUAUACGCGGGAGAGUCGUCGUCGGCCAUUGUUGCCCAGAUGCACAAGAAGCACACGGCAGGGAGCAUAUUUCUAGGGAAAGAACAUUUCGGGGUCACAGUUUAUCCCAACGUUGAUUAUGCCUUCAUAGUGGCUUUGGUUGUAAUUCUUGAGGAAAUUAACCAGGACAGGUCGGGUGACGACUAAGCUAUAUAUAUAUCACUUCACUUCGCACAUGUAUAUCAACAAUCUCUUAUUAAUUGUAAUGUGGAAUCUAUCAAAUUUUUUUUAUUGUGACGAGGACAAUUUUGAUCCUCUGUCUAUAUUUCUGUUAAAUGGUCGUGGAGGGCAAUUGCGUUAAUUCACUCUAUCUUUGGUCGUGGAGGGCAAUUGCGUUAAUUCACUCUAUCUUUUUCUCCAACCUUCAAUUCUCUGUAAGUUCAACUUAAUUUUUUAAAAUGAAAUUUCAGUAUUAAUGCUUGCACUAAAA